AUGUGUUUGGCUACCAAAAGGGAAUACUCUGGUGAAAUAACCGAUCCUUCAUUCAAGAGACAGCAGCGAAAUAAUAAGCCGAGCUCUGAAAAUGCCUGUCUGGGCCAUCUGCUAAACCUAAUACCUGGUAAGGAGCAAAGAGUUGAAAUAUCAAAUCGGAAUGUUACUACUAUUGGUAGAAGUAGAUCAUGCGACGUCAUACUGAAUGAACCUGAUAUCUCGACUUUCCAUGCUGAGUUCCACCUGCUGAAAAUGGAUGUGGAUAGCUUCCAGAGAAAUUUGAUCAACGUUAUUGAUAAGAGCAGAAAUGGAACUUUCAUUAAUGGAAACCGUUUGGUAAAGAAAGAUUAUAUACUCAAGAAUGGCGACAGAAUUGUCUUUGGUAAGAGUUGCUCCUUUUUAUUCAAGUACGCAUCUUCAUCUUCUACUGAUAUUGAAAAUGAUGAUGCAAACGCAAAUUCAGAAAUACGUCCAUAUAAGGAUGACAACGGCGUUUUUAAAAAACCACAGAAAGGCAUUACAAGUAGUCAAAAUGCUAUCACUGGGUCUGUUACCAGAAAAUCAAGCAAAACAAAGCCUGUUUCGUUCUUUGAUAAAUACUUGUUAGGUAAAGAACUAGGUUCAGGGCAUUAUGCUCUAGUGAAAGAAGCUAAAAACAAAAAAACUGGACAACAAGUAGCAGUGAAGAUAUUUCACGCUCAGCAAAAUGAUGAUCAGAAGAAAAACAAACAAUUUAGAGAGGAGACAAACAUUUUAAUGAGGGUACAACAUCCAAAUAUUGUUAACUUAUUAGAUAGUUUUGUAGAACCAAUCAGCAAAUCUCAGAUUCAAAAAUAUCUGGUACUGGAAAAAAUUGAUGAUGGUGAAUUAUUCGAAAGAAUCGUUAGGAAAACAUGUUUAAGACAAGACGAAUCAAAAGCUCUAUUUAAACAACUGUUAACUGGGUUGAAAUAUUUACAUGAGCAGAACAUCAUUCACAGAGACAUUAAACCAGAGAAUGUACUGUUAAAUAUUACAAGGCGCAAAAAUUCGAGUCAAGUCCAACUAGGCCCAUGGGAUGAAGACGAAAUUGAUAUUCAAGUUAAAAUAGCCGACUUUGGUUUAGCAAAAUUUACAGGUGAAAUGCAAUUCACAAACACUCUUUGUGGUACACCAUCCUAUGUAGCUCCUGAGGUCCUUACAAAGAAAGGAUAUACGUCAAAAGUGGAUCUCUGGAGUGCUGGUGUCAUAUUGUAUGUCUGCUUAUGCGGGUUUCCUCCAUUCAGUGAUCAAUUGGGGCCACCUUCAUUAAAAGAGCAGAUCUUACAAGCUAAGUAUGCGUUCUACUCUCCGUAUUGGGAUAAGAUCGAUGAUUCUGUUCUGCAUUUAAUAUCUAAUCUUUUGGUCUUAAAUCCCGACGAGAGGUACAAUAUUGAUGAUGCUAUGAACCACCCUUGGUUUAAAGACACACAGCAACAAAAUUCAGUCUCAUUGGAACUACAGCGUUUGCAAAUUACCGAUAAUAAAGUACCCAAAACAUACUCUGAAUUAUCCUGCCUCUGA